GGAGCAGGAGCGGAGGAGGAGACUGCAGUUCCUUUCCCCCUCUUCCCUUGCGUUUUCAUUUCUUUCUUUCCGCCUUCCUUAGCCGUCCUCCUCUGCUCUAGAUUUUCUCCUUCUCUCCCUCCUUUUCCCCAGUAUUCCUCUGCCACCUGUAUUUAGGCUGAGAGCUGGCUGGGGAGGGCGCUAAGGAUGAGGAAAUAGUGAGGCUGAAAGAUUUCCCUGCCUGGCUGUGGGUUGAUUGGAAGAGGCGAUCGUAUCUGCAGCCGAAGGAUUAACAGCUAAACUUUUAUUGCUGCCUCUGUGCUCUGUGUGUAUGUGUGUGUGCGUAUGUAAAUGGGGGAAGUCUCAGCUCAAAGAGGGAACGUGUCUUGUUUCCUUUUGACAGAUGCAGUUGGUGGGGUGGAGAACAAUGAAUAUUUUCUUUAGGACAUAAAGUGAAGGAGGACCCCCUUUCCCCCCCCUUCAAGAAUCUACACCAUCCUUCUUCCCCCAGCUGUGGAAUGAAUGGAAGCAUCUCCGGGAUUUUCUGCUGCUCUUCGCCCUGGACUGUAGGAGUGAGGGGAUCUCUCUCUACGUACAUCCAUCUCUCUAUCUCUCCAUCCAUCUCCGGGAGGAUUUGAGCCGCUACAAUGUGCUUUCAGCCGCUGGCUGCUGCUGCUGCCUGAUACUGUGCAACACGCAGAGAGAGGGUUUUGCACAAAUGGAUUUGUUCGAUUUUAAAGGAUUUCUUCUCUAAUACGGAUUGCAUUGCCCACAAAUAUGACUAAAUCUCCUGUUUGGUAAAUCUUCCUGCCCCCUCCCCUUUGGGCUCCCUCCUCCCACCCCUUUAGAGGAGCAAGCCCAGGGAGCUGAUGACGGACCCAUUAAUCCUUCCUUCCAUGCAUCAAAAGAACCCAAAGGUCUGGGAAACGUUGGGCUUGAAAUCCUACAGGAAAUGCUUCGACCGGCUUUUGGUUUUGUAUGAAACUGGUGAUUAGGUGGAGUUGUGCGAGCGAACCCCCUACUCAUUUGCCCCUGCUUCUUUCCUGGCCCCUUUAGAUGUGCUCUUUGUCAGGUGCUUGUCCUCUGGUCUCUCUCUGGCCCGUCGCCGCCAGUUAUGCAGACUCCCUGUCGUACUCAGCGGCUGCUGCUUUUGAUAUGAUUCAAAGAUGAGGGUGUUGAUGAUGAUGAUGAUCGCUCUGGUGUGAUGGGGUUGAGACGGCGGUGAUUGUUUGGAGGCAAGGAGGAGAGAGAGGAAGGGCUGCUGCUGCUGCUACCCUUCGCUGUGUGUGGGUUUCAGUUUUCCUACUCCAUCCUCUCCCCACCACUGGAAAUCCUCCCGUAUCUAAAUGGAAUUAGUGGAGAUCGAAGCCCCUUGUGUAAGGAACAGACAUGAUCCAUGGGCGCAGUUUGUUUCACAUUGUAGCAAGUCUAAUCAUUCUACAUCUGUCUGGGGCAACAAAAAAAGGAAUAGAAAAGCAAACCACUUCAGAAGGGCAGAAACCAGUGCAGUGUGGAACUUGGACAAAAUAUGCAGAAGGAGGCAUCUUCACUUCUCCCAAUUACCCCAACAAGUAUCCUCCUGACAGAGAGUGCAUCUACAUUAUAGAAGCUGCCCCUAGACAAUGUAUUGAGCUACACUUUGAUGAAAAAUAUUCUGUAGAGCCUUCUUGGGAGUGUAAAUUUGAUCACAUUGAAGUGCGAGAUGGACCUUUUGGCUUUUCCCCAAUCAUUGGACGUUUUUGUGGACAGCAAAAUCCACCUAUAAUAAAAUCUAGUGGGAGAUUCCUGUGGAUUAAAUUUUUUGCUGAUGGUGAGCUGGAAUCUAUGGGUUUUUCUGCUCGAUAUAAUUUCACACCUGAUCCGGACUUUAAGGACCUGGGAGUUUUGAAACCAUUGCCAGUUUGUGAGUUUGAGAUGGGAGGACCUGAAGGAAUUGUGGAAUCUAUGCAAAUUGUGAAGGAAGGAAAAGCUUCUGAUACGGAGGCAGUUGACUGUAAAUGGUACAUCCGAGCACCACCGCGAUCCAAGAUCUAUUUACGAUUCUUGGACUAUGAAAUGCAGAAUUCAAAUGAAUGCAAAAGGAAUUUUGUGGCUGUCUAUGACGGAAGUAGCUCAGUGGAGGAUUUAAAAGCUAAAUUUUGUAGCACUGUUGCUAAUGAUGUGAUGCUGCGUACAGGUCUUGGGGUAAUCCGCAUGUGGGCAGACGAAGGCAGUCGAAACAGCCGAUUCCAGAUGCUCUUCACAUCUUUCCAAGAACCCCCCUGUGAAGCCAACUCAUUUUUUUGCCAUAGUAAUAUGUGUAUUAAUAAUACAUUGGUCUGCAAUGGACUCCAGAACUGUGUGUAUCCUUGGGAUGAGAACCACUGUAAAGAAAAAAGAAAGGCUAACAUUUUGGACCAACUUACCAAUACCAGUGGGACUAUAAUUGGGGUGACCUCUUGCAUUGUGAUCAUCCUCCUUAUUAUCUCUGUUAUAGUACAGAUCAAGCAACCUCGUAAAAAAUUUGUCCCAAGGAAAACAGACUUUGAUCAAACAGUAUUCCAGGAGGUGUUUGAGCCUCCUCAUUAUGAGUUAUGUACUCUUAGAGGGACAGGGGCUGCAGCUGACCUUGCAGAUGUAGCAGAUGACUUUGAAAAUUAUCAUAAACUGCGGAGAUCAUCUUCAAAAUGCAUUCAUGACCAUCACUGUGGAUCACAACUGUCUAGCACUAAGGGCAGCCGUAGUAACCUCAGCACAAGAGAUGCUUCUGUCUUGACAGAAGUACAACCCCAGCCUGUAAAGCCCCUCAUCCAGCCCAUGAACAGGAGAAAUAUCCUUGUCAUGAAGCAUAGCUACUCACAAGAUGCUGCAGAUGCGUCUGAGAUAGAUGAAAUUGAAGAGGUACCAACUACAAGUCACAGGCUGUCAAGACAUGAUAAAUCUGUCCAGCGACUGCUUGAGAAUAGUGCGCUCCUGAGUGAUUUUGAACAUGCUACAAUGAAAUGUGAAACUAUGGACCAUGGAAACACCAGCUAGAGGUUUUAUGGACUCUCUGACCACCUUUUCUCAUAUCAUGAUAAAGUUCAGCAAACUGUAUUGAGUAAAAUUACUAGAUGGCAAUAAGACUCUAAUUAUCAUCAUUAUUAGUCAUUUUUCUUUUUCUUUUUUCCUCUUUUUAAAUUUGGUUAUGAAGUAAGAUACCCAAUUUCAGGAACAGUUUAUUGAAAUCAGGUAUUUAACCAUUCAUAAUCACGUCAAUAGAAAUGUUUGUUGGAUAUGCAUCUAGCAAAAUGAUUGAAUUUGACCAGUGAGAAAAUAAUCUGCAUGUAUGUUACUGAAUAUUUGAGUUGGCAAAAAAAAAUCCCUUUUAUUAGAUACAUUGUAAAAAGCAUGCAUUCACAAUUACUGUUGUUACUGUUCUAUUUCUUUGUGUCAUAUGCUUGCUACUUGUAACUUUUUAUAUAAAGAUACAUAAAACAAUGUAUAAUAAUUUCUUACCUUGAGUUUUAAGAUAAUGUUUUCAUUUACUGAAGCAAAACAAUUUUACACAGAAAUUUAUGAACCUGUUUCUACAAGGUUAUGCUCAAUAUUCAGCUUUCAGGAACUAAAAAUCAAACCAAACAAAUACUUUAGAAUCACCUUUGCCCUCCAACA